CUUGCGUUGACUUUGAUAACAAGCAAAAGUGAAACUACACGCUCGGAUAUCACUCGCUUCUUCUGAUGUUGCAUCGCCGGGGGUUCAACCGCACUGUUUUACCAGCGAAAAAAACAAAACAGCAACACGGUUAUGGGUUCUGAAUCCCAGAAGAACAGUCGAGGUAAAAGGAAAGCGAUGUCAGACCCUGCUGGCCCGGGCACUGUGAGAGCUAUGCUUCCCUGUUGUGGGAGGAUCGACAACGCGAGCGAUCUGAAACACAGGGUGCAGGAGCAACUGGACACGGGCUCCUGUGCCUUUGCCUGCCCUCACUGUGCCUCCCAGUGGCUGUGGCCGGAAGUGCGCAAGCUGGCCCUGUUCAGCGAGGAGGAGAGGCUGCGGAGCGAGGACCGAAUCCUGGAGCUCAACAAGGGAGACACUGAGCACUACCAGAGAUGCCCAGGCUGUUCCCAGCUCUGCCAGCACCCCCCUGGCUCUCCCAGCGCUCGUGUGGCCUGUGGCCCCUGCUCUCUGCGGCUCCGCAGGCUGUUCUGUUUCUGCUGGGGGUGCCAGCGCGAGUGGGGGGAGGCGGGGGGCUCAGGGGGCUCCUCCUGCGCCCGGCCGGGGUGUGCGCUUCGCACCCAGCUCCUGUCCUGCCAGCUCAUAGACGCCCCACAGUCAGCGGUGCACGGUUGCCCCCUUUUUCGGGCCUGUCCCGACUGCCACACCCUCGUGUCCCACACGCUGCUAGGGUGUCCCAACGUGGAAUGUCCCAACGUGGAAUGCAGAGCGAGUUUUUGUUUUCGGUGCCUGGGACAAGAAGGGGAGCACGACUACCCAGAGUGCAUCAGGGUUGAGGAUGACGAUGGUGAAGAAUGCGAGGCUGGAGGCGACGAAGAAUGCGAGGAGGAUUAUGAUGAUGAUGAUGAUGAUGAUGAUGAUGAUUAUAGCGGGGAUAACUGCUUGAUAAAGGGCAGGCAGAGGCUGUUUGAAGAGGGGGAGGCGAGUUAGGGAUCCUACAAUGAAAGCACAGCACAGUGUAAUCAAGCACAGUGACAGCAUGGCAAAGCACAGAGAGGUGUGGUAAAGCAUAGGGAAGCAUUGUAAAGCACAGAGAGGUGUGGUAAAGCAUAGGGAAGCAUUGUAAAGCACAGAGAGGUCUGGUAAAGCAUAGGGAAGCAUUGUAAAGCACAGAGAGGUCUGGUAAAGCAUAGGGAAGCAUUGUAAAGCGCAGAGAGGUCUGGUAAAGCAUAGGGAAACAUUGUAAAGCACAGAGAGGUCUGGUAAAGCAUAGGGAAGCAUUGUAAAGCACAGAGAGGUCUGGUAAAGCAUAGGGAAGCAUUGUAAAGCACAGAGAGGUGUGGUAAAGCAUAGGGAAGCAUUGUAAAGCACAGAGAGGUCUGGUAAAGCAUAGGGAAGCAUUGUAAAGCACAGAGAGGUCUGGUAAAGCAUAGGGAAGCAUUGUAAAGCACAGAGAGGUGUGGUAAAGCAUAGGGAAGCAUUGUAAAGCACAGAGAGGUCUGGUAAAGCAUAGGGAAGCAUUGUAAAGCGCAGAGAGGUCUGGUAAAGCAUAGGGAAACAUUGUAAAGCACAGAGAGGUCUGGUAAAGCAUAGGGAAGCAUUGUAAAGCACAGAGAGGUCUGGUAAAGCAUAGGGAAGCAUUGUAAAGCACAGAGAGGUGUGGUAAAGCAUAGGGAAGCAUUGUAAAGCACAGAGAGGUCUGGUAAAGCAUAGGGAAGCAUUGUAAAGCACAGAGAGGUCUGGUAAAGCAUAGGGAAGCAUUGUAAAGCACAGAGAGGUGUGGUAAAGCAUAGGGAAGCAUUGUAAAGCACAGAGAGGUCUGGUAAAGCAUAGGGAAGCAUUGUAAAGCACAGAGAGGUGUGGUAAAGCAUAGGGAAGCAUUGUAAAGCACAGAGAGGUCUGGUAAAGCAUAGGGAAGCAUUGUAAAGCGCAGAGAGGUCUGGUAAAGCAUAGGGAAGCAUUGUAAAGCACAGAGAGGUGUGGUAAAGCAUAGGGAAGCAUUGUAAAGCACAGAGAGGUCUGGUAAAGCAUAGGGAAGCAUUGUAAAGCACAGAGAGGUCUGGUAAAGCAUAGGGAAGCAUUGUAAAGCACAGAGAGGUGUGGUCACAUCGGGGGUAAGUCUUGCUGAAUCACUGGGAUCCUUUAAGACCCGACUUGACAAAGUUUUGUGAUCCUCUUUGAAUAAUAAUAAUAAUAUAUUCACUGGAUAGAAACUGGAGUAUUGUUUAUCAUUUGUUAAUAAAAACAAAGUUUUUUUAUUAUUAUUAUUACUGUAUAUUUUCCACAUAUGAAUAAAAACAAGACAA